GUUGACUUUUGCCUCCACAAUGGGUUAACUGCUUUGCAUAGCCUUUGGGAUGACAUGCUUGUCAAUUUACAAUAUCAGAUGAGCUUCCAGUGAUCCAGUUUUCUGAAGAAUAUGGCUUCGGACGAUCCUGGGCCUCCGCAACGUACUCUGACAAGUCCUUCCCUGGUCAAAGCACAGCUUCAGAAGCGCCUGGCAGAUGAUGGCCUUAACCCACAGGCUGGAGAUGAAGAGAAGCUGUUCUACGUGUGGAGGUUACUGCAGCAGACUGAGUCUGACCUCCAGCAGUCGGUCAGUAAUGAGGAGAAGCUGCGACAGUCGCAGGCGGAGGAGAUGGAAGAAGUGGAGAACUAUGUGGAGCACAUCCGCAACCUGUCGGACGAGCGAGAAACACUCAUACAGGAGCUGGAGACAGAGAAUGACCAGCUUAAGUCAGACAUUGAAGCUCUCAGACAGGAAGUGAACAGUGGUGUGAAAGAGGAGACCGCGGAAAUGCUGACUCAGCAGGGACUUGAUGAGAUCGCAAACGCUUCCGUCAGUGAACAGAUCGCCUUCCUGCUGGUCGAGAGAGCUCGUUUACUGGAUGAACUGGAGGCUGAACAAAACCGCUCAAUAAAUAGUGGCGCAGGAACGCCGAACCCUGAAGUGAGCAUGCUUAAAAACCUUGAGCAAGAGAGGGAUGACUUGAAACAUGAGAGAGACAAGCUCAAGGAGCAACUGACAAAUCUUGAUGACUUAAAACAGGAGCGGGAUGACCUAGUUGAACAGUUGACAAAAUUUGAUCAGUUGAAGGAGGAAAAAGAUGCGUUGUUAGAGCAGUUAUCAAAUUUUAAUAAUUUGAAAGAGGAAAGAGACACUUUUGAAGAACAGCUGGCAAAUUUGAAUACGUUAAAAAAGGAGAGAGAUGACUUGGCAGAGCAGCUUUCAAAUGUGAAUAGGCUGAAUGCAGACAGUAGUGAUUUUGAGGAACUGAAAAAAGAGCGGGACAGUUUAGCUGAGCAAUUGUUAGAAUGUGAAGAGUUAAGGCAGGAGAGAGAUGAUUUGGUGGAGGAGUUGUCUCAGCAUCGCAAGGCUGAGGCUCACCUCAAACUGGUGCAUGAUGAGGAAAUCUCCACCCUGAUGGAGGAGAAUGACAAGUGUGAGGAGGAUCUGGCAGAGCUCCGGCUAAAGAUAUCUGGCUUGGAAACAGAAUUACAAAACUAUAAGGAUAAACAGAAGAAAGAGGAGAACGAGACUGUAAAGAAAGAGAAGGAAGAAUCUGUGACAGCUACCAACAGCACAGUCUUCACAAGUCGACCACCUAGCCCUGCGAGAACAAAUAGUGACUUGGCCUUGCGGAAAGUCAUUGUGGAAAAAACACAGAUAGAGUCAGAAGUUGUCUCCCUUAGAAGCCAGCUGAAACCACUGGAAAAUGAAAAUGAAAGUCUGAAAGCUAGAGUGGAUGAGUUGGAGAGUGAAGUGGAGGAGAGUAGAAUGAUGAAUCACACAUUACAGAUGAAGAACAAGAGUCUUCAGACUGAGCUUCAGGACCAUGAGAGUAAUGAUGAGGUGUUGGAGAGGGAGGUUGACCAGUUGAAGAAACAGAGGAUUGAUCUGGAGAGGCAGAUUUCAUCACUGGAGGAUCAGUUAUCAUCACAGCGGGAAGAGCAGAAAUCUCUGGAGGUGCAACACCAACAACAGCUGCACCAACUUCAGACUGAUCUUGAUCAACUUACUGCCAAGUUGCGUGAUACUGAGGCAGAGUUUGCUGUGAAACAGAAUGAGCUGAAUGCCACCAUUUCUGAACUAAAGCGCACAGUGGAAACACUUACCUCAGAAAAGGAAGAGUUACUUUCCACCGUGGCCGAAUUAAAAUCUGACGUGGAGACUGCCAAAGCUUGCUCUGAGCAGGAUGUCAAAACACAAACAUCCAAGCUGGAGGCAGUGAUGAAGGAGCGCCAGAAGCUGUACAGCCAGGUACAGGAGUCACAGAAGGAGCUAAUGGAGAAGGUUUCACAAGAGCAGGAUUUAGUCAGGGAAAAGGAAUCCCUAGAAAAGUCCAUGAAAAGUUUGGAAGUUCGUCAUGACCAAGACAUGGAGGACCUGAAGACCAAAUUACAGAUGAGCCUGUCAGAGUUAACCAAAACCAGGUCCAGUCUUGAACAGAGUCAAGCCGAAAAGACAGAACUAGACAGGAAACAGAAAAGUCUUCAGGACACCUUUGAAGAUAAUAAGUGUGAUUUUGAGAGUACAGUGGACAAUUUGCAGUCAAAGGUCAAGAGUUUGGAAAGUCAGAAGAAGACUCUACAGGAGGAUUUAUUCUCAACCCAGGAAGAACUUCAGAAAACUCAGGAAAAUUAUGAACAGGCAAUUAGAAAUAUGAAGACAGAAAAGUCUGCUGUUGAGAAAGAACUGAAUGAGAAGCUCCAAGAGAGGCUGUCAAAAGAGGAGAGUCUUAGCAAGGAAAAGCUGCACCUGGAGAAGUCCAAGGCUGAUUUGAAGAAUACACUGGAGAAGAACACCUCAACGGUGGUUGGUCUGCAGAAAACCUUGGACAGUGUGUAUGCCGAGAGAGACAGUCUCCAGCAGAAACUGACCACACUCGAGGGAAAUCUCCAGCAAGAGAAGGUCGAAAAGAUAAAGCAACUGGAGGCAAUGCAGAAAGAAAGAGACAAUUAUAAAGAAUCAAUAGAAAGUAUUCAAACAUCUCUGCAAGAAGAUGGGAAGGAGAAAAAUAAGCUCAUCGCAGAACUUCAUGCAGAGAGAGAUGAGCUGAAGAAGGAAGUUGAGAAGUUUAAUAAAUCAGCUAAGUAUGAGGGAGAAGAACGUCAGCAAUACUUGGAGAAGAUGAGAUCGAUGGAGGAGAUGUCAAAACAGUUAGAGGCAGACAACAGGGAGCUAGCACAGCAGCUUUCAGAAAAACUUGUUCAGUGCCAGCAUUUGGACGACCAGAUGAGGAAAGAGAAGAAUCGUCAGAUUGACAAGUUAGACAAGAGCCACGAGGAGAUUGAGCGUCUCCACCUGGAGAUUGACAGUGCUAAUGACAGGAUUCGUCAGCUGAGAGAAGACAUCCAGACCAAACAGUCACACAUCAACAGGCUGGAGAUGGAGGCAGUCUCACAAGAGGCGAAGCAUGAGACGGCCGUCCAUAGGAUGGAGCUAGAGAUGAAUGAUCUGAAGCUUCAACACAGGAAGGAGAUGGACAGCUUCUCUGACAAGAUGGAAGCCACUCAGCGAGAAAUGAAAGAUUUGAUGCAGCGACUGCGGGAAAAAGAACAGGAAUUGAUUGGAUUUGAACACGAGGCCAGCCGCGCGAAAACUAUAUCUGAGCGGCUCAAUACACAACUAGAGACGGAGAUUAAACACCGCGCUGAGCUGGAGAACAAGAAUACCACAUCAGAGAAGGAGAUCAGUAAGCUGUGGGUACAGGUGAAGUCUCUGAUGGAGAAGUUAAACAACCUGGAAAAUUCCAAGAAAUCCCUUGAGGAAGAGUUGAACAGGAAAUCCAACCUAUCAAAGGAAUCCAAUGAAUAUCAUUGUAAGAAGUUAGCCUCCCAAGAGACAGAGCUGACAACACUAAGACAUAGAGCAGAGCUGGCUGAACAGAAGGUGGACAAACUUAAGAGUGAAUUGACAGAGGCAGUGGUGAAACUGCAGGCCACAGAAAAACAAAUGUUUGAGAACUCUAUAUCCAGAGUGGGUUACCAGGAGAAACAAGGGGAGAUAACUGACCUCAGGCGAUCUCUCCAUGAAACACAGAUACAAAGAACAAUCCUAGAGCAGACCGUGCACGAGCUCAAACAGCAAAUCUCGAUCCUGAAACAGCGGGAGAACAAAGUACUAGAGCACAACCGUGAAUUGCAGCAUAUGAUGAUAGACAUGGAGAGUAAAGUCAGCGACAUGCGGGAACGCGCCAACAUAGCGUCAGAGCAGGUAAUCAUUGAUAAGGGGUGGUUUUUUCUGUGUGUGAGGAGAGGUGGUGUGUAUCUAUUCAGUCGGCAGGCUGCGUCUAUGAUACUCUCACUUACGGAACUUUUUUCUACUGAAGAUAUUUUUGAUACUUUUUGCGGUCAUGAAUCACCAUGUGACCCAGAAACAGAGUCACAAGACGAGAUGGAUGCCAGUGAUCAGUCUCAGAAGUCAGAAUCAGGAAAGAGGUCACUUGCUGCUCAGAUUUCCAGAUUGAGACGAGAAAUUGAAACCCUUCAAAGGGAGCUGAGCAUUGCACACGAAAAGCGAGAUAUUUGGGAGCAUCGCUAUGAGGAGAGGAAAGUGCGGACAAAAGCCAAGCUCUUGAAAGCCAGGGAGUUCUACUCCAAUGAACAUAACAAGCUGAAAGACCAACUGGGGAAGAUCGGAGAUGACUUGGAAAUGACCCGCUCAACACUCAACAAGGAGUUAGAAUGGCGAACCAAGAUAGAUGAAAGUCACAAACGGCUGCUGAGUGAAAAACGUGAUCUGCUGACACAACUAGCGGAGAGGGAGGAAUCGUGUCGCGACCUGGCUCGCCAGCUCUCUUUGACCGGGACACGCCUCUCUUACCAGGAAGGCGAGAACACACGUCUUCAGGAGAAGCUAGAAACUCUAACCCAGCAGAAACAUAUCCUCGAUAAAAGUGUCAAGGAGUAUCAGAUGGAGAAACAUCAGCAGAUCCUGGCCCGGGCAUUUUCCCCUGACCCUCACUUACAGAGUCUGACGGCUGCUACCAGUGGCAUCGGGAACAGUAUGGACUCCAGCUGGGACCCUGAUCACCUGGCCGAGUCCGUGGCACGCCUUCCCAGCAUGCCUCAGGAACAACACAUAAAUGGCUUCUUCGGUCAUCAUCUAGGAAUUGAAUUCAGCGGGAGUGAACGAUCGUACGAUUUCAAUCAUGAAUUCGAAGCAUGAUUGAUUCUGUAAGUCUCUCAAAGCAAAUGUGACUGCCAGUCUUAGUAAACACAGAAGUGUAUAGGAAGUAAACAUCUAUGGACUUCACUCACAAUUUCCUGUGCAGUCUCAUAGCAGGUUUCAACUGAAUAGUUUACACUUGACAAAUCAAGGCUUUUUUUUGAAAAACUAACUUUAUUCAUGCAGGUUUAGAUGUUAGACCUGACCUGUGAGGGAAGUUGGUAGAUGUUUAUUCACUGCAAGCAUGUACAUUUACUAAGACUAAUAACACUACAUGCCUGAGGUUAGGAUCUUGUGCUGAUUGCAUUGUUCAUGCCACAUUUAUAAGCCAAAAAAACAUUUCCCUGCAUAUCUGGUUAUGAUUUCAUGCUAGAAAUCGAGGAGAAAAUCAAAACUAAUCAUUGUUGAUGAAGCCAUUGGUCUCAUAAGUGAAGUUUGUUUUGCAGGACCUUAAGAUGCAAAACGGAACAAGCCAUCCUUUUCAUGUUCAUUUGAAGUACUAUGGAAAUUGUUUUGUUUGACACAAACUGUUGUUUGAUAUUAAUAAAUCAAAAUGAUAGCCAUUAUAGUAUACAGUUUGAGUCAGAAAGUACUCAGGCGCCAUUUAAACUUUUAUACCCACCCACCUAAAUACCUACCUACCUGUAUUAAUUAUGUAUUCAUGUAUAUACAUAUGUCUCCUUAUUUAUGUAUAGAUUUUUGUACAUUUAGAUUUGUGCUCUUACAUAUAUUUUCACACAUUUAUUCAUCCAGAUACAUUGGUGUAUAUAGUUGGCAUAUAUACAUGAGCAUCUACAUUUAUUUCUAGGUUUUAAUUUUUACACAGUACAUUCCAUAUCAUUGUUUUCAUAUUAACGUCCAGACAAAUGUCAUUUACCAUUUUGAUACAAAGUUUAUUUUUGUACUUACAUGUUAGAGAUACAUGAUUACCAAAUCAUGUCUUCAUUCUUUUCAUUUGUCUUUUGUUUGGUUUUUUUCAUCUGGCGCAGAGUGCAAGAUGAUCUUAGCUCAUUGGUCUUUUUUUUUCUGAACAUAAAAGUUUUGUAUUUUCAGAUUUUUGUUAUAAAUUUAGAUGCUCUGUAAAUGUUUUCAGUUUGGCAAAAACCAUAAUUAUCAUAGUAACUAUUUGGAAACUUCCAUUUUAGAAAAACAAAUGUCUUUAUCAGUAAGCAUUUAUUUUUUUAUUAUUUUAUAUUUAUAAAUUUUAAAUUUGAAAAGUAAUACAUGUAUUUGCCCACCAUCCACUGAAUGCCUGAUAUCUGGUUAUUGGUUAAGAGUGGUUUUAUUGUUGUUUGUUUGGUUAGAUUUAUGUUUUACGUCGCCAACUCAGUACCUUUCCAACUGUGAUAGACGAAACAGCGAGCAGCAAACAGAUAUAACAUGUAAUGCCAUUGGUCUGACUGUAAUGAGGGGACUAAUCACUUAAUAUAAAGUCCAGUGUUCUCCUUUCCUCAGGUAAUUGCCUUGGAAACAGUUAUACUGUAUUUCACCUUAAAUUUGGCAUGUAAAAGCGCACUGUCAAAACCACUUAGAGGCCUUAACAUUCUUCUUUUGAUGCAAGGAUUUAAGUUUGUCUGAUAACAAAUCAAUCAAACUUCUCAAUAAACUGUUACAUGCACAAUUUAAUGAACUUAUAAGGUGGACGAAUCAAGGAAAAUGUGUCAUUUGAAUAAUACUACUAGACUUAAGGUGAAUACAGUAUUCUGACUUACGUUUAUUAUCCAGAUGUGAAGUGUUAGGUUUUGGGGACGGAAAACUUGGUUGUAUUGUGUAAUGACGUUAUUAGUCUUGAUUUUCAUGGGGGAAAAAUGUACUGAUACUGACAGAUCAUGUACAUCUCUGUUUCUUCCUCAUCUGUUUUACCUUAACAUUGUGACCAUUUUUGAGAAUCUUUGCUAUUAAGGUAGGCAGUCUAGCCUUCGGUUAUACCUAGCUCUCUGCCAUGGGUUUAAGCGCAUAAUAUGAUCUCUGUUAUGUUAUCAGAGUAGACAUUUAUUAUCAUAAAGUUUUGGUCAUAUCAUCCAAACAAUGACCUAGAUUCAGAUGACCUCAUAGUAAUAUAUACAGAAUUCUCAAAGGCAGUAUUAGGCUAGCCUUAGUGAUGUCAUCAUCAGCAAUUCUCAUAAUACUCUCGACCCUGUUAUUCUUCCAUAUGUCUAGAUUCAUGUACGCUUUGACUUUUUCGAUUGCUUUUUACAAAGUUUGCAUUUUCUACUAUAGUAGCUAUUAAGCGUCUUUCUUUUACUUGUUUCUCUGUAAUAGCACUUUCUAGUAGAAUGAACAUCUAGGCUUACAAGUGGGGAACAAACAAGGAACUUGUAAUUCACCUCUGUAUUCAAGAUGAAACCUGAAAAUUCAACAGUACCUAUAAAAUAUCUACAGGUAUAUUUCUCACUUCUCUUUUUCUUUUAAUUUAUCUCGUUCAAAUAUGUAAAUCUGUAUGAAUAGUUGACUUAUAUCAAAAAAGUAUUUCUAGCACAGCAUUGCUUGCUCAGAGGUUACCUUAUUUUGAGAAUAUGUACUUAGAACAGGAAAGGUUCCCAUUACUUUGUAUAAAGCUGAACAGAUGUGUUGAAUAAUAUAUUCUUUUGCUUUGGCCUGUCAGUGGGUUAUGUACACUGCACAUUUAAAAUUAGACAUAAACUUCAAGAAUGAUUUAUAGUGACUAAAAAAUUAAACAUUGUUUAAUAAACAGUACAUACAAAUCAUCCUGAAAUGUCAUUUGAUGAUAAGGCAUUUUGAAAAUACAUGUAUAAUACCCAUCACACAAACUUUUCCCAUAAACACAAAACAAUGGUUUUCCAAACAAACUACUUGAAUGCCCCUCGCAUUCCAAAUAUGGUAUGGCAACAGAUUUUUGCUUCCAUUAGAAAACACAUGAAAAUUUUCUGUAUUUGUUAAUAUGUAUUUUUAUUGCUGCAUCUGGCGUAGAUCUACACAGAUGUUUGAAACAGUGUUGUAUUUAUGUGCGUGUUCAUUCCUAUAUUGUACAUGUACCUAGGCUUCCUAACCGUCCAGUAUGUAUAUAUUUGUAUGCAUGUAUUAUCAUUAUACACUGAAGAUCUGUGCUUAUAAACUAUUUUGUACGGUAUUUUGUACAUCACACCCUGUUUGUAUAAUUCGUCCUCAAUCUGUCUCGUAUGUUAUGAAUGUACAUCAUAAUGAAAGAAAACAUUACCAUCUCUGUGAGUCAAGGUAAAAAUUGUAUUUAAGGAGCUAGUCGAGUGAAAUAGCCUUUGAGUUUUUGGAGAAAACUACCUAAUAAGGAUUGAAUAUUUGUAAUAUCCAUUUUUUUUUUAAACAUUAUAAAUGAUUAUCCUUCGUAAACUACUUUGUGAGAAUUUCUCGUGAAUUUGUACCUUACAGAUUUAUGAUUGAAUACACGUCAGCUUACCCUCCCCUCCCCUUGCUCUUUAAAGAGUAGAAAGGGGGUAGGGUAUGUGAAUGUACAGGUGUUUUACAUGUAAGGCAAAAGUAGUAAUAAAUGAGAAUAAUAUGUUUGGUCACCGAUUGACAUGGAGCAUUUCUGUUCAGCAAGGCUGAUAUUAUUCAAGGCUGAUUAUCUGGUAUAUAUUAUAUCUUAAACCUAUUCUUUCUUUGUCUCUUUUAAAGCAGGGUUUAAUUACACAAACAAUUUGGCUUUAUUAUUAAGAUGAAAUAUGGCAACACAUGUAUGUCAACAUUGUACGGAGUUUUGACAGAAACCUGCCCUUCUGAAUACAUUCAUUAAACAGAUGUAUGUCCCAG